AUGGAUUGUGAUGCCUUUCGGUUUGAAGAACGCUGGUGCAACGUAUCAAAGAACUAUAACAAGAUGUUUGAAGGGCUAGAUUGUUUAGAAGUAUACAUUGACGAUGUGGUCAUUAAAUCAUCCACCAAUGCGGCACACCUUGCCGAUUUGCGUAAAGGCUUUGAGCGUUUCCGGACCAAUGGUUUGAAGAUGAACCCAUUGAAAUGCACUUUCAGAGUAUCGACAAGAAAUUUCUUGGGCUUUUUGGUUCACCAGCGGGAGGUAGAGGUAGAUAAGAAUAAAGCGAAAGUGAUAGUUAAUGCUGAACCACCACAGACCAAGAAACAACUACAACGAUUGAUCGGACAAAUAAAGUUUUUGAGGCGAUUCAUAUCAAAUACAGUCGGCCGAUUACGUAGUAGGAGCGUUUUGUUGAAAGGAAACGAGACCGACCAUUUUGUAUGGACCACUGAGCAACAACUAAUGUUUGACGAGCUUAAAAAGUACUUGGUUGUAUACUCGCUUAAGAGGACCAAGGUGUUGAAAGAGCGGUCUACUACUUCAAAAGCUGUUAAAGGACAAGUUCUUGCCGAUUUCCUUGCAGAUGACCCAGGAAUCGGCUGUAUGGAACUAAAUCCUUGCAGGUUAUGGUUUGAUGGUUCUAGAACAGACAGAGGAGCUGGAGCAGGAAUUGUCAUCGUCUCAUCCUCGGGGGCACGGUUCACAAUGUCUUGUUCUUUGAAUUUCAAGUGCACCAACAAUCAAGCCGAGUAUGAAGCUCUCAUUUUAGGGUUAGAAAUCUUAAUGGAACUGGGGGCAACAGCGAUCCAAGUAUGGGGAGAUUCGAUGUUGGUGAUAAAACAAGUAGCUGGAGAGUAUAAGUGCGAGUCAGAGCUUCUGAUCCGAUAUUGCAACAAAGCCAAACAUCUCAUCGGUGGUUUUUCAGACACAUGGUUGGAAUACACAAAGAGAAGUGACAAUAUAGAAGCAAAUGACCUUGCGCAGCACGGUAGUGGUUAUAAACCCUGCUAUGAGUACGAGGCGAUCCAUCGAGAUACACCAAACCUUGUGACUAGAGGCGAGGUAAUUUUCGAAGCAGUUCAUUCCGUGUACCAAUUGGAUUUUUCUACAGAUUGGAGGAAAGAAUUAAUCAAAUGGUUUGAUUCACCUAAUAUGACCAACAGAAGGUUGCGAACCUUGGCCCUCAAUUAUGUAGUUCUGGCCGAUGAGUUAUACAAAAGAGGGAGUGAUGGUUUACUUUUUAGAUGCAUCGGCCCAAGAGAAGCUAUGUUAGUUAUGGCCGAGGUACAUGAAGGGAUCGCAGGAGCACAUCAAGAUGGUCCACGGAUGAGGUGA